UUAAACAUGAGAGACCUGCUUUGACGUCUGCAUGUUAAAAGUUCACUGUUAGACGCCUUGAGAAGCUAAUAGACCUGAAGACAAAGAGAAGAUAGUGGACUUGGGUGAAGCUGGAUUAAGUUGUGUUUUUAUCUUUUAAUGAACACUGUUGAGCAUUCAUUUGUGCUUGUCCUGAAUCACCGGUGAGGGUCAGAGACUCGGAGCGGGAUCAUGAAUGGCACGUGGUUAGCCCACUACUCUCCUCUCGUACGCUUUCUCUUUCUGAUGAGUCCCCUGCUGGUGUGGAGCCAAAAUGACACAGAGCCCAUCCUGCUGGAGGGAAAGUGUUUAGUUGUGUGCGAUUCCACUCCCACUACAGAACCGGCUGGGAACGCCUUGGGAAUGUCCGUGCGGUCUGGGACCGGCCGCAUCGCCUUCUCGGCUCUCCGGAACAACAACCUGGAACCCUCUGAGAUGAGCAACCGAACCAUGAUCAUAUACUUUGACCAGGUUCUGGUAAAUGUUGGGGGUCAUUUUGAUCCAGCACGAAGUAUUUUCCAGGCUCCUAGAAAAGGAAUAUAUAGCUUCAGUUUCCAUGUGGUCAAAGUCUACAACAGACAGACAAUACAAGUGAGUCUAAUUUUAAACGGUUGGCCGGUCAUCUCGGCCUUCGCUGGCGACCAGGAUGUAACUCACGAGGCAGCAACUAAUGCAGUUCUGGUUACCAUGGAGAGAGGAGACAAGGCUUAUCUUAAACUAGAGAGAGGCAACCUGAUGGGAGGCUGGAAGUACUCCACAUUCUCUGGGUUUCUUGUUUUUCCCUUAUAGAACGGAUUGUAAGAGAUGUGCAUGAUGUUCUAGUCUGACUGAUGUUUGUAUGAAAAACUGUGUGCAUUAUGCUUCACUUCUUAAAGGAAUAUUCCAUUUUCUUAGAAAAAUCCAGAUAAUUUACUCACCACCAUGUCAUCCAAAAUGUUGAUG